GCUGGCUUGAUUUUUGUGGCAAAGCUUCGAAGUCCUUAUCAUCCCACCAUCAUCUUCACCGGUCUUCUGCUUCUCCAGGAACAUGGCCAUUUCCAUGGCCUUUUCAUUGCCUUACACUACCUUCUCUCUCCGCUCUCUCCCUCGACUCUCUCCUCUCUCUGCAUUCUCUUCCCUCUCCACAACCCAUUCUCUUCCUCGCUAUACUGUCUCUAUCUCUCAACCCAUCACUACAAUUCCAAUUCGUUGCAGCAAAAAAGCGGACUUUGAUCCCAAGGUUGGUGUUUCAGUUUACAAGCCCAAGUCCUACGAAGUACUCGUCACUGACGCUGCGAAUUCUCUUGCUUAUGCUCUUGAUGAUGGGAAAACCCGUUUGGAGAUUGAUUUUCCACCUUUGCCAAGCAACAUGUCUUCUUAUAAGGGAUCUUCAGAUGAGUUCAUCGAUGCCAACAUUCAGCUUGUCUUGGCUGUUGUGAGGAAGCUCCAAGAAAGGAAGGAAACCAAAGCUUGCAUUGUUUUUCCUGAUAAGCCAGAAAAGCGCAGGGCCUCUCAGAUUUUCAAAACAGCACUUGACUCAAUUGAUGGUAUAUCCAUCGGUUCUCUGGAUGAUGUUCCCAGUGGUCCUGUCGCAACAUUCUUCAGAUCUAUCCGGGACACCUUGGAUUUUGAUUUUGAAGAUGACAAUGAAGGACGUUGGGAGUCCAAGGAAUCACCUUCCCUCUACAUAUUUAUCAACUGUAGCACUCGAGAACUUGCAGCUAUAGAGAAGUUUGUGGAAAAAUUUGCUCCAUCCACCCCUACACUUCUUUUUAAUUUGGAACUUGACACAUUGCGGGCUGACUUAGGUCUCCUGGGAUUUCCUACCAAAGAUUUGCAUUAUCGGUUUCUUUCUCAAUUUGUCCCUGUAUUCUACAUUCGAAUAAGAGAGUAUUCUAAGACAGUAGCAGUAGCACCUUACAUUGUGAACUACAGUGGGGCACUGUUUCGUCAAUAUCCUGGGCCCUGGCAGGUGAUGCUUAAACAAGCGGAUGGUUCUUAUGCUUGUGUAGCUGAGAGUGCAACUCGCUUCACGCUGGGUGAAACCAAGGAAGAACUGUUGAGAGUCCUGGGACUGCAAGAGGAAGAAGGAAGCUCACUGGAAUUUCUUCGAAGGGGCUACAAGUCCUCCACUUGGUGGGAAGAAGAUGUUGAAUUGGAAUCAUCUUCUGCAUGGCGGAGCUGAGCAGCAGCAGCAAAACAGUUAAAGAGAGGGUUAGCAGUUCCAAUUAAUUUGGACUACCAACUAGACAACUCUCCUUCACCUCUAUCACUGGGGCUAUUCAGCCUCAAAGAAAGUAAAGGCUUAGCAUGCAACAAAUUUUUUUGGUGCAAGUUCCCACUGUAAUGUAAUCCUUUUCCCUUACUCCAAUGCAUUUUAUUGAUCGAUGUUGUAUAUCCGCAGCCUUAAUGCUGAUUGAAUGAUAAGAAUCUUCACCUUUUCCCUCAA